UACUUUCUAGACUUGUUUAGCGAUUGCUACACGUCACUUCAUUUCACGGCAAAAUAAAAACAACCCAAUACUUAAAGUAGUAUUUGCUAUACUAUCAAAAUCGACAAUAUAUUUAAAUUGUAGCAAUGAGUGAGGACGAGCGAUUCUCGGACAGAGAUCUUUAUGAGGUUGAGGAGGAGGAAGAGGAACAGGAAAUCUUCGACGAUGGCUUGGAAUAUUCCGAGCCUGGCCAGCAGAAGGUGGAAAAGCCUUCAAAAGAUGAAAAGAAUGUGGCAAAAUGGCUAAAGAAAAAUGUGAAGACAAAGAAAACGAAGUUUCUGAGUCACAUCGUCGAGUACUUCACUUCGAGCAAGGCGAUCGAUGCGCUGAUGAAGUCCAAAUUCGCCGAGGGCGAUGCUCCAUUGUUUACCACUAGGGAACAGGCAGUGGAAUUUAUGGAUAUUAUGCUGGAACAUAAGUUCUUCCAUCGCGCCAAGAAAGUUCCGGUCACAUUAGACGAACUUCGCGGCAAGUCGGAAAAGAAGUCGGACUCUAGCAAAGCGCAGGAUAAAGAGAAGGAAAAGAACGAUGGUAAAUCAAAUGCAAAGUCCUCUAACUCAUCGUCAGAGAAGAAAGAUACCGAUCCAGAGGGCGAUGGUGGUAAUGGAGUGCAAACCAUCGUGGUUGACAAGAAAGAGAAAAAGAAACGCAAAAUCCGCCUGGACAUGCAUCCAGAACAAAUAUUUGUAGAUGGUUCUGAAGCAUAUGUUUGGAUCUUUGAUCCCAUCCCAUUACACUACUGGAUAUUUGGCUUCUUAUUGCUGUUGGGCGCCGUUGGCAUUUGCAUGUAUCCGUUAUGGCCACCAAUGCUACGCAAGGGCGUCUAUUACUUGUCCAUAACCGCAGCCGGAUUCCUGGUCUUCAUACUGGCUCUGACCGUUGUACGUUUAAUUAUAUUUACGAUCGUGUGGGCUCUGACUGGCGGCAAACUGCAUUUCUGGAUCUUUCCGAAUUUGACCGAAGAUGUGGGUUUCUUUGCUUCAUUUUGGCCGCUGUAUGAGAGUAAUUAUGUAAGCGAUACAUCCGCAUCAACAUCAUCUAAGUCAGAAAAGAAAUCCAAAUCAAAAUCGAAGAAAAAGGAGAAAGAUAGCGAUGCCGAGGAUACUGUUGUAGAUGGUGAUGGUGACGGUGAUGGUGACGUUGAGGGCGAUGCGGACGCCUUGCCACUUGAACCGGAAAAAAUUGAGCAAAUCAAAGAGCACGAUGCCGAUAUGGAAGUGCGUAAGCGCCGUAAGGUUGGUGCUGACGAUUAUGAGGAGGAUGAUGAUGAUGUUGGCGGUGAUGCGACUCAAAAUUAUGAGAGCGAAAUAUCAUCGUCACGAUUGGACGCCACGGCACAAGCCAAGGAUACCAAAGCUGGCACACCCCGCAAUUCGGAAUCAGACUCUGAGAGCUCUAGCAAAGAUUAUGAGAUAAUUAGUUCAAGUGAAGUGCAAAACGUUGCGAGCAACUGAGGGGAAAAACAUUGAUAAUUAAAAAUAAAGAAAAAAAUCAUAAUAAAUCUAUGCUUAAUGUAUUUAAAUGAUCCACAUCCGAUUCUAGCUAAUUGAUAAGGCAGAGAGAAACAAUUCGUGUUAAUUCCAAAACAGAAAUAAGUAUGACAUGUGUCGGGCUUUUCCGCGCAUAAUACAAAGGAAUUCAUGUGAAACUGUAUUUGAUAUUAUUUUCUGAUAUUGUGCCUGAAUACAUGACAUUUCCUAACAAUAAUGUUAACAAAGAUUAUGGCCAGAAGCACUUUAGCGAUUAACUUUUUAUUUUGUUGUGUUUGCUGAAGGCUAAAAAAGUUCUCAAAGUGUUAGCUUUUUAAUUUCAUAAAGAUGCAAAAAUACUAUUAAUAUUUUAGAGAAAUAUACGCAACUCAGAAAAUGUUUUCAUAUAUUAUUUGAUUCCGAGUGGCAGGCAACGAUUGCAAUUGAUGUUUAUAAUGUGCAAAAUUAUGAUUAUACAAUAUACGAAAAUAUACUUAUACAA